AUGCAGAUCGGAAGGCUCCUCGCGCUCUGCGCCCUCGGGGAGAGUAGCGCGGCGAUGGUCGACACGUACGUCCUUCCGCGGCUCCAAUACAUCAUGUCGCGCUCGCUCUCAGAUGAGCCACAUGAGUCCCUCCGCAGCCGGAUUUCAGAGCUCGUGUCACGAGCUCCCGCCACUAAGAUCCUUUCGUUGGCUCUCAUCCACGAGGACGUCAAUGCUAUGAACAUCAUCCUAGACGACGCGAACAACAUCGCGGCCCUCGUCGACUGGGAAGCCGCCUCGCUCCUGCCGCUCGGCACGAACGGCUGGUGCAUCCGUUUCCUCUCCACCGUCAACCGCAAGCGCGUCGACUACGAGACGGAGAACACGACCCCGAUGGCCGCGGGCUUCUGGCGCGGGUUCGUGGACAGCCUCCCCGCCGAGCUGCGGGACAGGAAUGACGUCCUCGACGCCGUCGUCACCGCUAUGCAGAUCGGACUGGUGAUGUAUGAGUUCUGGCCUGGGAACGAGGGUCUGAGCGCCGCUCAGAUGGACCAGUGUCUUGCGAGGCUCGACUGGCUCGAGGAGACCUUCCGUCCGAUGUCAGGAGCAUGA